CUGUAAAUGCGUUAAUCAAAACAAUACGCGAAACUAUUCAUUUUGCAGCGAUAAACGUUUUAGAAUCUGCGUUCGGUGUGGACUAUUAAAAUACUGCUUAAUGUGUAGUGUACAACAAUCACAUAUGCUCACAGAACAGAUACUGCAGCAGAAGUACGAGUAGUAUGCGGUCUGUCGUUGUGAACACAGCCUGUGUCUCUCGGCGUCUCAUGUGAUGAAAACACGGAAAACGGAAGAGACUUUCGUGCUCUCGAGGUGAAUCUAUAGAGUCAUCAUGCAGAGUACGGCGAACUACCUGUGGAUGAUGUCCGACCUGCUGGGUCAAGGAGCCACAGCCAACGUGUACCGCGGUAGACACAAGAAAACCGGUGAUCUCUAUGCUGUCAAAGUGUUUAACAACCUGAGCUUCCUGCGUCCGCUGGACGUCCAGAUGAGGGAGUUUGAGGUGCUGAAAAAACUGAACCACAAAAACAUCGUCAAGCUCUUCGCCGUCGAGGAGGAGUCGAACACGCGUCAUAAGGUGUUGGUGAUGGAGUAUUGUCCCUGCGGCAGCCUGUACACGGUGCUGGAGGAGCCGACCAACGCUUACGGGCUCCCGGAGGACGAGUUCCUCAUCGUUCUGCAGGAUGUUGUGGCAGGAAUGAAUCAUCUGAGAGAGUACGGGAUCGUCCAUCGAGACAUCAAGCCUGGGAACAUCAUGCGUGUGAUCGGAGAAGACGGACGAUCCGUCUAUAAGCUGACCGACUUCGGAGCCGCACGUGAGCUGGAAGACGACGAGCAGUUCGUGUCCCUCUACGGCACUGAGGAAUAUCUGCAUCCUGACAUGUACGAGCGAGCGGUGCUGAGGAAAGAUCACCAAAAGAAAUACGGAGCCACGGUGGACCUGUGGAGCAUCGGAGUCACGUUUUAUCACGCCGCCACUGGCAGCCUGCCGUUCAGACCCUUCGAAGGGCCGCGCAGGAACAAAGAAGUGAUGUAUAAGAUCAUCACAGAGAAGCCGUCGGGCGCGAUCUCAGGCCAUCAGAAGUUUGAGAACGGAAAGAUCGAGUGGAGCUCAGAGAUGCCGAUCUCCUGCAGCCUCUCAAAGGGUCUUCAGAGUCUCCUCACUCCAGUGCUGGCCAACAUCCUAGAGGCAGACCAGGAGAAAUGUUGGGGCUUCGACCAGUUCUUUGCCGAGACCAGCGAUAUCUUACACCGCAUCGUGGUCUACGUCUUCAGUCUGCAGCAGGCGACACUCCACCACAUCUACAUUCACACAUACAACACGGCGAAUCUCUUUCAGGAGCUGCUCUUCAGACGGACCAACAUAACGCCGUCCCAUCAGGACUUCCUCUACGAGGGCAGACGUCUCAGCCUCGACCCCAACCGUCAGGCUCAGACCUUCCCCAAGACCUCCAGAGAAAAUCCCAUCAUGCUGCUCAGCAGAGACCCCGUCAACACCGUCGGCCUGCUGUUUGAAGACCCCAGCCCACCUAAAGUACAGCCACGCUACGACCUGGAUUUGGAUGCCAGCUAUGCCAAGACGUUCGCAGGUGACGUGGGAUAUCUGUGGAAGACGUCCGAUUCUUUGCUUUUGUACCAGGAGCUGGUGAGGAAAGCCGUCCGAGGCCUGAAUGAGCUGAUCAGAGACGAGUACGGCGAGACGAUGCACAAGAAAGCGGAGGUGAUUCACGCGUGUAACUACUGCAGCCAGUCGCUGGAGAGAACCGAGCAGCUGUGUGAGGUUCUGAUGCAGGGCAACAUGUUGUCUGCGGAAUAUGAUGAAAUCCGGGACAUGAGGAAGAAGGUGAUGAGGCUGUCCAGCUCUCUGGCCUCAAUGGAGCAAACGCUGCAGGACAUCAGCACCAUGUUCCUGUCGGGAGGAAGUCUGACCGACACGUGGACGCAGCAAGUGGGAACGCAUCCGGAAGACAGGAAUGUGGAGAAGAUCAAAGUUCUGCUGGACGCCAUCAGCGCCAUUUACCAGCAGUUCAAGAAGGACAAGGCCGAGAGACGUUUGCCGUAUAACGAAGAACAAAUCCACAAAUUUGACAAGCAAAAGCUCGUUCUUCACGCCACCAAAGCGCGGGCGCUCUUCACGGACGAGUGUGCCAUGAAAUAUCGCCUCUUCAUCUCCAAGAGCGAGGAAUGGAUGAAGAAGUUCCAUCACGUGCGGAAGCACCUCCUGUCUCUGACCGGUCAGUUCGGCAGCAUGGAACAGGAAGUGACCCUGCUCAUGCAGCGCGUGUAUAAACUGAUGGAGCAGCUCCCUCAGAAGAUGAUGCCCAUGACGGCCGGUGGAAUCAAACCGCAGGCAUAUCUCAGUCCGAGCACACUAGUGGAGAUGACGCUGGGGAUGAAGAAGCUGAAGGAGGAGAUGGAAGGAGUGGUGAAGGAGCUGGCGGAGAACAACCUGUUCCUGGAGAGGUUCGGCACACUGACGGUGGACGGCGGCAUCAGGACCGUGGAUCGGAUGUGACGGAUCUAAACUGUCAGUUGUACAUAUGAAUAGAUUGUAAAUACACACAUCAGACGCGGCCGAAACUCUUCGUCAUGCCAUUAUUUUAAUCUUGCGUUGAUUCUCUGAAUGUGAACAUCAAACUAGAGUUGCUAUUCAGCCCAAAUAAGUGAUUUUGUCAUGAAAAUGAAGUAUAUCUCAUCAGUUUGAUCCAUAAACAUCUGUGCGGAUAUUAAACGCUCUUGUGUUCCUGCAGCCCAGCUCACAGAUACGUUAUAAGAACGUUCUGCUAACGUUCCCAUUCCAUUGUAUCAUUCUUCAAACAUUAUGGGAACGUUAUUUCUGAAUGUUCUCUGAACGUUCUGAAACAAGUAGAAACAUUUAAAAAAUGAACGAUGUUUUUGUGAUAACGUUCUGAGAACAUUACUAAAGACCAGAUAACUCUGAACGAACGUUCUAUUAACGUUACUGGGAGAACGUUUGUUCAUAACGUUGAGAGAACAUUACCUGUCAUCUGGGUGCAAAGUUACUAAAUGACUGUAAUGUUUCACUGUGUAAAUGAAAACUAUUUAUAGACAUUAAAUGAACAUGAGUUCUGAUAAAACCUU